GGGUUGAAGUCAGGCUUGAAACCUAUAAUGUUCAAGCGUGGGGCAGCACAAAUCACCUCGCUUCAUGCCAUACCCAGCAUCAGAACAUCACCACCGGUUAAAAACCACUCUUUAGAAGCAUCCAACUUAAGAAAAAGAUUAUUGGAAAGAUGCGGGUUAUUAGGGGUCAAAAGAGGUAUGAUCACCUGGUACACCGAUAAAGGAGAACAAUUUGGGGCUACUGUUAUUGAGAUUGAUUCCUGUGAAGUCAUUGAAAAUAAGAUUGCAGAAAAUGAUGGAUAUGAUUCGGUGACUUUGGGUCACAUUGAUAAAUUAAAGAACUUAUCACCAAAAGUGUUACCAAAAUUCGAGAAAGCAGGAGUUUCUCCUAAAGCCAACAUCGGUGAAUUUAGAAUUAGAGGUAAUGAAGGUCAUAUUCCAGAAGGUACUGAAUUAAGGGCAGAUCAUUUUAAAAUUGGUCAAUUAGUGGACGUCCGUGGUGUCACCAAGGGUAAAGGUUUUGCUGGUGUUAUGAAAAGACACGGUUUCAAAGGUUUAAAAGCCACCCAUGGUGUUUCUAAAGCUCAUAGAUCUGCUGGUUCCACUGGGGCCGGUCAAGACCCUGGUAGAGUUUUACCCGGUAAAAAAAUGGCCGGUAGAAUGGGUGGUCAACAUUGUACUGUUAAUAAUAACGAAGUUUUACACGUUGACGGUGAAGCUGGUAUUCUCAUUCUCAAAGGUCAAGUUCCUGGUCCAAACAAGAGUUUUGUCAAGAUUACUGAUGCCAAAAAGCUUUUCGGACAUUCCUUGAUUUCUUUAAAUAAAGAUUAAUAUUGUAUAUACAUACAGAUGUAAAUAGUUUAAAUAU